AUGUGCCACACCAGCUGCUCCUCGGGCUGCCAGCCAGCCUACUGUGUGUCCAGCCCCAGCCAAGCCUCCUGCUGUGUGCCCACGAGCUGCAGGCCUGCCAUGUAUAUUCCUGUGAGAUGCCAGGUGCCCUGCUCUGUUCCUGUGAGCUGCAGGCCUGCUGUGUGUGUGGCCCCCUCCUGCCAGUCCUGUGUGUGUGUUCCUGUGAGCUGCAGGCCUGCUGUGUGUGUGGCCCCCUCCUGCCAGUCCUCUGGGUGCUGUCAGCCCUCCUGCCCCACCCUGGUCUGCAGACCUGUCUCAUGUAGCACCCCUGCUACCUGCUGCUGA